AGGAUUUUAAAUAAUAGUAAGUCACUGGAAUCAUUAGAAUUAUUAAAACAACGAAAUUUCAGAUUUCAGUGCAAAAAUUGACCACAUUUUCCAGAAAAAAACAGGUGAAACUAUAAACAUUGAUUUACUGCCAGACAGGUUGCUGUUAUUGUCAAUAAUGACGAGGAUUCAAUAGAUAAACUGAUGCCAAUUAACAUGGGAACCCAACAUGGGAACGAUCAAACAGCACAUUUUGCCUCACUUGACAGGAAAUAGUCAAACUUUAAUGCAGAAUUUGCGUUCGGCCAGGUUGUCUUUCCCAGCCAUUUCAAUGGCACUUUUGCAAAAGAGUUUGGCUUCUCUAGAUUUUGAUGACGCUAUUCGCGUCAAUUCAACUUUCUACAUCAAAAUGAACUGGAGUUUGUACGAAGACAUCACCACCGCCUAUAUCAAAUCUGGAAAUGCUUCAGGCCUUGCCAAACUGGUAAAUUCUAUACUGCCAGAUGGGGAAGAAGAUGAAAUGAAAAGCGAAGUGAUUGAAUUAUCCGGUCAAAUAAUUGGGUCAAUUUUAAAAGAGAUUUGCGAACAAACACCUUCCCGACAGCUGGAAGUAAUUGAGCCUCUUUUAGAAGCUUUUCGUGAUCAGUGAUUGACCCUUUCUUUGAGCGUGGCCCAAUUUGUGCGUGACAAAGUAUCAGAAGGCCAAUUGACUCCUGCUGCCGUUGAUC